AUGGAAGAGUACUCUUCAGUUUCUCCGGUCGUUCUUGUUCACAGACCUCCGGCUAUGGAUUUUAUAGAUGAGCCUCUAAGUCACAGCUUCACCGUUCUCUACACCCACACCUCGCCGGAACCACUCCUUGACUUCCUCUCAAGUAACGCCUCCUCCGUUAGAGCCGUCGUCAGCGUUGGGAGGCUUCCGAUCACCGCGGAAUUCAUUUCGAACCUCCCUUCUCUCGAGAUAGUGGUUUGCGCCAGCGUCGGCUUCGAUCACGUCGACCUCGACGAAUGCAGGCGUCGGGGAGUCGCGGUCACGAACGCCGGCGACUCAUAUGGGGAGGACGUGGCGGAUCUUGCGGUUGGUUUGCUUAUUAGCGUCCUCCGCCGCAUUCCCGCCCUAGAUAGAUACAUCCGGUCUGGUCAGUGGACGAGACUCUGGGACUAUCCAAUUGGGUUCAAGUUAGACCAAAAGAAAGUGGGGAUAGUUGGAUUGGGAAGCAUAGGCUCCCUAGUCGCCAAAAGGCUCGAACCCUUUGGCUGUAUCAUCUCUUACAACUCGAGAAGCCCAAAGCCAGACAACGUACCAUACUUUUACUACCCCGACAUUCUCUCUUUAGCAGCUGACAACGAUAUCCUAAUCCUCUGCUGCUCUCUAACUGAUGAAACACACCACAUUGUGGACAGAGAGGUGAUGGAAACACUUGGGAAGAAUGGGAUUAUUAUAAACAUCGGGCGAGGCGGUCUUGUCGAUGAGAAGGAGAUGGUGAAGUGUCUGGUCGAAGGAGUGAUCUGGGGAGUGGGUUUGGAUGUGUUUGAUAACGAACCGGAAGUGCCUGAAGAACUGUUUGGUCUUGAAAAUGUUGUCUUGUCUCCACAUUCUGCUGGAAUGACGGCAGAAUCUUUGAAGAAUGUCACGGAGGUUUCGGUAGCUAACUUGAAAGCCUUCUUCUCGGACCAGCCUUUGAUUUUCACCGUUUAA